AUGGCCAUAGUGCCACUGCUGUUGUUGAUCCUUCCACUUCUAACCACAUCAACUUCACCUUCUCAUUUCCACCAAUUCAACGUCUACGAAACACUCUCAUCCACCAAACUCAACCCUUCUCAAAUCCCCAAACAACCACACCAACAACAACAAGAUGAAGAACCAAAAUGGAAACUUCACCUCAUUCACAGAGACAAGAUCACCACCACCACAGUUCCCAACGACCACAAAACCCGUUUCAACGCACGAAUCAAACGAGACAUUAAAAGGGUAUCCUCCAUCCUUCACCGCCUCAACAACAACAUUAACAACAACAACUACCACCCACAAGAUGCUUUCGGGUCGGGUAUAGUAUCGGGUACGGAUCAAGGAAGUGGAGAAUACUUCGUUAGAAUAGGUGUUGGCACCCCUCCAACUUAUCAAUACAUGGUUAUUGACUCAGGCAGUGACAUUCUCUGGGUUCAGUGCCAACCUUGCAAUCAAUGUUACAACCAAUCCGACCCGAUUUUUAACCCGACCCAAUCCGCUUCAUUCGCCGGAGUUUCCUGCUCCUCCACCGUCUGCAACCAACUCGACAACAACGCCGCGUGCCACCAAGGAAGGUGUCGCUACGAGGUUUCUUACGGCGACGGCUCAUACACCGAAGGGACACUCGCAUUCGAAACACUCACGUUCGGGCCAACCCUGAUCCGAAAGACCGCGAUCGGGUGCGGUCAUUCGAAUCAGGGAAUGUUUGUUGGAGCAGCUGGGCUUUUGGGCCUUGGAAAUGGGCCCAUGUCAUUUGUGGGCCAAUUAGGUGACCAAACUGGUGGUGCGUUUGGUUACUGUUUAAUCACUCGGGGCACCGUUUCUUCAUCCGGGUCAAUCCAAUUCGGACGCCAAGCAAUGCCCGUUGGUGCUAUAUGGGUCCCUCUCAUUCAUAACCCACUUUUCCCCAGCUUUUAUUAUGUCGGGCUUGCGGGUCUUGGAGUCGGAGGCUUGCGGGUCAAUAUAUCCGAAGAUGUUUUUCGGGUAACUGAUUCCGGUGACGGAGGGGUUGUCAUGGACACCGGAACUGCCGUUACGCGGUUUCCCACGGUGGCUUAUGUCGCGUUCCGUGAUGCUUUUAUCGCUCAGACAACAAACCUGCCCCGCCUUGAAUCCGGAGUAUCCAUUUUCGACACUUGCUAUGAUUUAAACGGGUUUGUUUCGGUUCGGGUUCCGACCGUGUCGUUUUAUUUUUCGGGUGGGCAAAUAUUGACCCUCCCCGCGAGAAACUAUUUGAUUCCAGCAGAUGAUGUGGGAACUUUUUGUUUUGCAUUUGCUGAUUCUAAUUCUGGGCUUUCCAUAAUAGGGAACAUUCAGCAAGAAGGGAUCCAGAUUUCAAUUGAUGGAGCUAAUGGUUUUGUGGGAUUUGGACCCAAUGUAUGUUAA